AUGGUCACUGCAGCCAUUGAGCAUGUGCUGGUCAAGUUCCUUCAGCCGUACGUUGAUGGAAUCGACAGCAACGACUUGCGUCUAUCGCUGUGGAGUGGAAACCUGGAACUCAAAGACCUGAAGGUCAAGGAGGAUGUUCUGGGUCUCCUUGGUGUGGAAGGUGUGCGGGUUCGAAAUGGCCGAGUGCACCGAAUCAACAUCACCUUGCCAAGCAAGACAAGGCUACUUUCAGGCAAGAUCAGUGUUGAAGUUGAAGGCGUUCAGCUACAAGCUGAGCAUCUCACUGAGAGCCUGGCAGAGUCUGUUCUGAGGAAGAACAUGAGGGACACCAAGCUGCAAGCGAUCGAACUGCGCAUGGCCCAGCUUCGGGACGUCUGGCGGCGCAAGCAGCAAGCGCAGGAAGCCUACGACCAAGCAGAGCCGGGCUUCGGCAUCAGGUUCGCCCGGCGCCUCGUGAACAAUCUCAGCCUCGAGCUGUCCAAGGUGGACGUCUCCUUCUCCAGCCUGAACCCCGCAGCUGUGGGCGCGGCGAAGAUGACGUCACUCCAAGUGCUUUCCACCGACUGCUCCUUCCGGAGAUUUGGGAAAGACGAGGUCCUGGAGACGAAGGGGUCUUCUUUGUACAAGAUCCUGAGCUUCGACGGCCUCAGCUUGGCUUAUGGGCAGUCGAUGGAGGCUCUCGCGAACCUGGUGAGUCCAGUCCGUGCAGAACUGAAGUUGGGCCACGUCCCCGACGAUGGCCUGCUGCGAUUGGAAGUGGACCUCGGCACGGACAAGCCGACCGACAUCCACGCCAAACGCUCACAGCUGAUAGGCCUGUUGGCACUGAAGACGGCGCUUAACAAAAAGUGGGAGGAGCUGCGCAAGCUUCUCGUGGACCCUGAGGAAGAAGCACGCCUCAAGGGGCGCAUCGAUGAAUCGGAGGACAGAUACUUCAAGCUCUUUCGCCAGCAAUGCCUCUCAAACGUCGACGUGACCGAUGAGAAGGUGGUCGCAGCCCUGUAUCAGACCGGCCUCAACUGCACUGAGCUUGGUCAGCCUCAACAGGAGGAGCUGGAGACCCUGGAGACGGUGCUUCCAGUUCAGCUCCUGGCUUCGGCAAGGUGUAGGGCAGAAGACUUCAUCACUGAGCUGGUGAAGAAGGCCACUCCCCAGGUGAAGAAGUCCGGAUGGUUCAGCCGCACCUUCUUUGGGCGCAAGGAGCCCGAAGAGUCCUCCCUGGACAAGCUCAGCGUGGAGGAUCUGCUUACCGAGCUGCAGAGCGCUGCAGAUGCAGAGGUUGUGGAGCCUCCGCAGAAGCUUGCGGUGCAGCUGUGCGGGGGUGGAGUCCUGAUGGACAUCCACGACGACACGGCGGCUGAGCCUCUGCAGCUUCUUUCGCUGGACUUGAGCACGACCUCGCUGGCAGUGAAUGUGGAGUCAGCCACGGACCACAAAGGACAGAACUCCGCUGCUUUCAGCCUCUUCCUGGCAUUGGGUUCUGUGAAUGUCUCGCACCAGCAGAAGUCCUUCUUUCAGCCGAAGCAGGUGGCGGGUGACGAGAUCAUGCAGCAAGCUCUGGAUCUCCGGGUGGAGAACAAGCUGGAGCCUACGCAGAACCUGCUGGAAGUGAGCCUCACCUUCGCCCCGCUCGAGAUCUUCAUGAUCCCGGGACUCCUCGCAUCGAUCUUAGGCUUCUACCCUGACGCAGCCGAGGUUGAAGAGGCAGCAGGUGUGGGCGCACCCGUCGUGAUCGAGCAGAUUGAUGCUUUUGUGGCAGAGACGGAGACAAAAGCUACGCGCGCCGAGCGCCUCAAGGACAUACUGGACGCCAACGCAGACAGGGCCAAGGAACUCGCCCAAGAGGUGUACAAUCGCAUCCCCGACCGGAUCAGUCUGGCCAUCAACCUUUCUGCUCCCACGCUUCACGUCCCGGUUGACAGCGUGGGCAAGGCUGUGAUCACACUGGGCCAGCUCACGCUGGAGACUCCGGCACCAUGCCUAUUCGAGUGCUUGCAGUUUCAGCUGCAGCUGAAGAACACCCAAGUCUCCACGGUGUUUAACACUGGCGAGGUGUUUGAUGUGGUCGAACCCCUGCCUAUUACCAUCGGGCUCAAGUAUGCCGAGACGCCCAAGGAUGUUUCCAUCGGAGUCACCAUCAAGAUCGGGCACCUGAGCCUCUCCGCCUCGCCGCACGCGGUAAACCUCCUGAUGGGACUUCCACAAGCGGUGGUGGACAUGCUGACGGUGCCGAUCACGGUCCGGCAAAAGAAGCCUGCCAUGCUGGAGAAGGCCCCAGAGGCCGCCCCGGUUGCCAAAGAGAGGCGGUCUGCCGCCCGAGGAAGUGCCACGGUCAUUGCAGCCGACGUGCUGGGAGAGGACUUUGUCGCCUUCAAAAGGGCCGAGGAGCUUCAGAAGAAACCCAUGAGGACCUCCGUGUCACUGGCCUUCGAUGACGCCACCUUCUCCCUCAGCGACUCCAUCAUGCCCCUCAUGCGCCUGAAGAUGGAGGCCAUGCCCCCGGGACUCCAGGUCUCUGUUGAAUCUGGAAAGGUGGACGUCAAGCUCAUGGAGUCCAGCCUAAGCGUCGACGUUCUGAACACGAGGCACGGCGACUGGGAGCCCUUCCUGGAGCGUUUCGACUUUGGUGUCUCCGUGGUGAUGUCUGAGACGAUGCGCAUCUCUCUGCACGCGCUUGGGCCCCUUCACCUGAACCUUGUCCCAAAGCCCACGCGACAAAUCUUGGAGCUGCUCCCGCUGCUCCUGAAGAGCCUCAGGCCUCCGCAGUCGCUGUCCGAGGCUGAGAAGAGGCCCGCGGCGGGAUCGUCCUCAACGGGAUCGGGUUCGCAGAAGCUCCGCGUGGUGAGCCUCUGGGGCGGACAGCUGGAGCUCCUGUGCAGUGGCGCGCGAGCCUGGGGCAAGAUGGCCACCGGUGGAAACGUGUCGGUCAAAGUGGUGAUCCAGCCUUCCGGCUCCCAGUGGGUAGCCUUGGACGACAAGAUCAGCGCACUCACACUGUGA